AUGUACAUCAUCCUUUCCUCUGGAAAUACUCCUUUUUCUUUCCAAAGAUACACCUUCCUUACUUUCUCUCUUUUUCUCCCUUACACUUUUAAUCGUUAUUCCUUUUGUUGUCUCUUUUUUUUCAGACGCUCUCUUUCGUUUAUAGUCUCUGUAUACUAUUUUUUUUUCUGUUCUACAUUUUUCAGUAUAAUUUUUAACGCCUUCUUUUCUCUCUCACACUAUAUUUCGUUCUUCUCUACCUCUCUCUUUCUUUCAUUAUUUCUCUUUCUUUUAAGCUCGCCAUCUUUCUCUCUCUCUCUCUCUUUUUACUGUUUCGUUUUUUCCCCCCGACAUUCUCUUAAUCUAUCUCUAACUCUCCUCGUUUCUAGUUUUAUUACAUUUUUUUUUCAUUCCCUCACUUCCUUUCUAUCUUUCUUUCUUCGGUUCUCAUGUUUUCUAUCACUUCCCCAUCUCUCUUUCUAUCAUAUUAUCUCUCUUUUCUUUUUCUCUCUCGCUCUAUCUCUCACGCUUUUAUUCACACGAAACCUCUUCUUUCUCUUGUCCCUUUUUCUCACCUUUUUUUUUACUCUCUUUCUUUCCGGCUUCACUCUCUCUUUUUCUUUUUUCUUUCUUUUUUUUUUUGCUAUCGUUCAUUAUCUUCGUUUCUUAUCAUUAUAUUUUUUUCUUUUUCUAUCUCUGUUUUCUCACACUUUCUUUUUUUUCUCUCAUCUUCUUCUUUACUCUCCUCCUCAUUCUUCCUUUUUCUAUGUAUUUCACUAUUUUUCUUUUAUUCCUUUUGUAUUAUUCUCUUUCAUUCUCUCUCUUUCACUCACUACCUUUUACAUCUUCUCGCUUUCUUUCUCUCUCUCUUGCAUUCUUCUCUCUAUUCCACUUUCAUUCAUUUAUUCUCUCUCCUUUUUAUUUGUUCUCGCUUUCAUUGUCGCUUUCUUUCACUCACUGUCACUCUUACAUUCUCUCUAUUUCUUUUUUCCAUCUCUCUUUUACGCCCCGUUCUUUCUCUCUCCUUCACUCUAUCGGUCGUCUCUCGCUUUCACAGCCUCUUCUUUACUCCCUUUCUAUUUCUACAAACCAUUCUUCUCUCUCUUUUCUGUUUUUGAUGAAGCCGGUAUUAAAGUUAGUAAUUGGGAAUCAGGACUGCUACUCUACAGCAUUCUCUCUGAAAACGACGACACUGAGGCAGAUGUAGACGUGAAUUUAAAAUCAGUCAAUGAUAUUCGAGCUGACUUUCUUAUUAACGACUUUCAAAAACAGAAAGACAAAGAAACUUGCAUGACAGCUUAG